UUUCCUGUUUCCUCUUACGUCACCCUGAGCCCGCAGAGCCUGGGGAUUUGCUCCAGCGUCGGCCGUGCGCGGAGCCCCGUUUGCAGGAGCAGAAAGGAGGACAGCACCAGAAGGGUCCACCGGGAGAGGAGAAGCCAUGUACAGGAAAAAGAUGAGAGGCAUGUAUAUAUCUAAGAAGGCAUUAAAAACCCAGUUUGAUCCUUUUAAGUUUCCACGGGAGACAUAUCUACUAUGCAAACUGCGAUGGGGUGAGAGCGACCGCUCUUGGAUACACUGGGUCAAAAAUUAUCCUGGCGAUUAUUAUCAUGCUGAAGUCUACUUUCUGGAGAAGAUCUUUAGAAUGAAACCUUACAAUAAUGUCAAAUGUUCCAUCACCUGGUACCUGUCCUGGAGCCCCUGUGUGAACUGCUGCUGUGAAAUAGUGUAUUUCUUAGAGAGGCACGAGAAUGUGAACAUAGACAUUCAUGUAGCACGGCUUUAUUUCAAAGACUCAGAAAGAACCCGCAGAGGUCUGAAGAAACUUGCGAGGUCGGCGCAAGUAAACAUUAGUGUCAUGAACAUGGAAGACUAUAAGGACUGUUCGAAAAACUUUAUCCAAGGAGGUGCUGAUGAUUUCUGGACUGUGAACUUUGAGUCAGAGAUAACAAAGAAUUGUUUGAAACUCUGGGACAUCUUAGAGGAUCUUCAUUUAUAGAAUCGAAGAAUCACAGAAUAUCUCAAGUUAAAGUGACCAAAAAGGAUCAUCAAGUCCAACGCCCUGCUCCUUGCAGGAUGACCUAAAACCAAACAAUAUGACUAAUAAGCAUCAUUUAGGUGCUUCUUGAACUCUGACAGGCCUGAUGUGGUGACCACUUCCCUGGGGAUCCUGUUUCUGUGACUGACCACCUUCUCAAUGAAGAACCUUUUUCUAAUGUCCAAGCUGAACAUCCACUAAUGCAGCUUCAUUCCAUUUAGUCCAGUCCUGUCACUGAUCACAAGAAAGUCAGUUUCAGGAUUACUUCAGAAUUGUCCUGUCCCAGCUGGAGAAUCCAAGACUCACUCUUGUUAAAUUUUGUACAGUUGGUGACUGCACAGCUCUCCAGUCUAUCCAGAUCUCUCUGCAGGGUCAGAUCUCUCCAACCGCAAGGGAGUCCACAGUUCCUUCUAGUUUAAUAUAAUUGACAUAAGUACUUAGUUUUGAUUCCUACAUUUGAUUCCUGCAUACAGAUAAUUUAUAAAAACAUUGAAGAUCACUGGCAGUAAAACUGAGCCCUGAGGAACCCCAGAGGUGACUGGUCAACAGCCCGAUGUAACCCCAUUUACUGUAGCUUUUUGGGCUAUCAGCCAAUUGCUCACCCAAUGCCCUAUGGACUUGUCUCUCUGUGUGCUGGACAUUUUAUCCUGAAGGAUACUGUGAGAGUAGUAUAAAAUCUUUCCUAAAAUCCAAACCCACUACAUCUACUUGCUUCCCUUGGUCAACUAGAUGAGUGACCUUAUAAUGAAAUGAAAUGAGGUUGGUUAAGCAGGACUUUCCCCUUGUGAACCUGUGCUGACUAUGACUGAUGACUGCAGUCUUGUGAGAGACUGAAAACCUGAAAGAGUUAAUGUCUCAAACACCUGGCAGAAGAGAAAAGGAAUGUUACCCUGCAAACUGAGACAAGGUGCAGUUAAAAAAGGGGGUCUUGAGGAGGCAGGAUAGUGCUUUUCUGGGUCCAACUUCCUUAGGUAACUAUGUCUAAAAACUAAAUUUGAGACAGCAUUGCACUUGUGUUUCAGAUGGAGGAGGGUAAUUGAAACCACGAUACCCCCCAACCCCUUCUGAAAAGUUCAAGAAUAACAAAAUGUACAUGUGUGAGGACUAGGCUAUAAAUAGUGCAACGGAGGGGCAGGGUGUGCACCCACCAUCCAGGCACCCUCCAUCUGGAGGAACCGGACCAGAGACGGCACUGGAACCCUGUGUGGUGAUCCAGAUCUUUUUUUCUCUACCUCUAUUUUCCUAUCUUUCCUUUUUCCGUUCUUCCUCUCCUUAAAAGUUGAACUCCCUGUGGUCGCAGGCUGUUCAAAGAUCACUGCCAUAUUUUAUUCAGAAAGGUUUCAUCCACAGGCUGUUCAGAAAUGUUUAAAUUGUUGUUGCUACAGC